UGUUUGUUGAUGACAGAAAGGCCUUCAUUGUGAAAGCUGAUAGCAAGAUAUGGCUCACAUUCCUUUUGGCUGCUUUUGCAGGAGUCCUACAUUGGUAUCACAUAACAACUCUUUUUGAAAAUGACCGUCAUUUUUCUCAUCUAUCAACGCUAGAAAGAGAAAUGGCUUUUCGCACGGAAAUGGGUCUUUAUUAUUCCUACUUCAAGAUCAUUAUUGAGGCACCAUCGUUUUGGAAUGGAGUAUGGGCAGUUAUGAAUGACAGACUAACGGAAUAUCCUUUAGUGAUUAACACCUUACAAAGGUUCAAUCUUUACCCAGAGGUGGUCCUUGCCAGCUGGUACCGCAUAUAUACUGCCAUUAUGGAUUUCUUUGGUGUACCAACAAAGACAUGUUGGACUGUAAACAGAGGAAAAGGACUUAGUCCUGUUGAAAGCUGUGAGGGGUUGGGAGACCCUGCUUCCUUUUACGUUGCUGUGAUUUUUCUUUUGAAUGGAUUCAUGAUGUCACUGUUCUUCAUAUAUGGUACAUACCUCAG